AUGCUGCCAUCGUCCAGCCCACCAUUGACUGCGCCACCACUGUCGGCCUACCCCUCCACACCAUCCUCUACCCUUCCCUCCAUCGCCUUCGACCUUCCCCCUGGCAUUGAGAAUAUCAGUGCCUUGUCCCCUCCGAAUGCCACAAAUGAUGCCACUUCUUUUUUCACCCGCCCCGAAUAUGAUCGCCUCCUCCACCUCCACUAUCUCAAUGCUAUCGUUGUCGACACCCACUUCUCUUGGACCACCGCUAUAGCGCACCACCUCGGCAUUCACCGCCUCUCCUUCCACGCCAUCAGCCUUUUCUCCAUCUACAUCAUGGGUGCCCUCCUCCGCCACCUCCCCCACCUCUCUGUCUCCAGCGACAAUAACCCCUUUGUUGCCCGAACCUCCUCCACCCCAUCCAUAUUAUCCGAUGUGAGCUCCAUGGUUUCUUUCACGGUGACAGCCCCAUCACUGCUGCCAUGGACGACCAGAGAGAUCGAGUCCAGCAGCCUCGGCAUUGUCAUCGAUAGUUUCAUCGAGAUUGAGUCAGCCUACACAGACCAUUACUUGAAAAUCGACCACAAGCAAUCCUGGUUCGUGGGGCUCGUUGCGCUUGCCUCGGCCAAUGUAAGUGAUCUCGCCACUCGAGGUGGAGAUGACCUAUCUGCCGCAGCUAACUACGAUCGCUACCUCUUCUAG